AUGUCCGACAAAGACUUCGGCAACAAUGACGACCUCUCCCUCCCCAAAGCCACAGUCCAGAAGAUAAUAUCCGAGAUUCUCGCUCAGAUCCCGCACGAUGGAUCACCAGCAACCGGCAGGGAAGGGGAAAUGACGUUCACGCGCCCCGCGCGCGACAUGCUCAUCUCCUGCUCGCUGGAAUUCCUGCGCAUGUUGUCUUCCGAGUCGAACGAAAUCUCCGAGCGCGAGAGCAAGAAGACGAUCAGCGUGGAGCACGUGGAACAGGCCCUAACCGACCUAGGAUUCGGGUCAUACAUCGAAGGCUGCCGCGGCGUGGUCGGUGAAUGGCAGGAAGUUCAAAAGAAGAGGAUCGGCCGCGGCGAGAAGAUGCGCAACUUCGGCGGAUUCGACAAGAUGGGAGAGGACGAGUUGCGGAAGAUGCAGGAAGCGCUUCUGGGAGAGGCGAGGGGUAGGAUGGAGGGCGGCGGUGCCGGCGGGCAGGAAGCGCAGGGCGGGAGCGGUGUCGGUGGCGACAGCAAUGGCAAUGACGAUGGCGAUGGCGAUGGCGAUGGCGACAAAUCGGACAACGACGAGACGAUUGCUCUCACCCUUCGGAGAGUUUAUCACGAGAAUCCCUAUUUCAAAUAUAGGGCCGCGCGUAUGGGACUACAGAACCACAGGAAGCGCAAUAUGAGAAAAGACACGGAACCUUAA